AUGGCGCUUGAAGACAAUAACUUCUCGAACACCUGCUGCUUGGGCCCUUGUGUGCCUUUCAGUCUAUUAUUCAUCAUUGCAUGUAAGUUUUUCAUCCUUCAAUUUUAUCAUUCAAGUCCGAUCUUGCAGUCAGCGCGUUUGUCCUCGGAGCUUUCUUCUCGCACUUCAUGACCCCGAUGACCAGCUACCACAUCGAAAACUAUCUCGACAACGAACUCGAGAAGGCUCAGAAGAACGAAGCUGCUGACAAGCAGGAAAGGAAGGACGACUAA